AUGGCAAGGCUAUUAAGUGCAUCCUCCAUUUUCUUUUCUAUCCUAUUUCAUGUAGGGUUUAUUGUAUUGGCCUCAGAUGUCAAAGCAAUUACCGCUUUUGGCUUCACAAAUGAGACGGAUAGGCAAGCCUUGCUAGCCAUCAAGGAUCAAAUUCUUGAGGACCCCUUCAGGGUCCUUAGCUCAUGGAAUGAUUCUAUCUACUUCUGUAAUUGGCAAGGAGUUAUUUGUAGUCGUCGGCAUCAGAGGGUGACCCUCCUAAACUUGUCUUCCCUAAAGUUGGUCGGUUCCAUUUCUCAUCAUAUAGGAAACCUUACGUUUCUUAUAGACAUUGAUCUCGGAAACAACAGCUUCCAUGGCACCAUCCCUCAAGAAGUUGGUAGAUUGUCUAGAUUGCAACAUCUUUGCCUUAACAAAAACUCUUUCGAAGGUGAGUUCCCUACCAAUUUGACUCAUUGCUUCAAUCUGAGACUCAUCGAUAUAUCUGAAAACAAUCUUGGAGGAAAAAUUCCUAGCGAGCUAGGUUCAUUGUCUAACCUCUUAGAAUUGAGUCUUGCCAAUAAUCAUUUCACUGGCAAUAUUCCACCUUCACUCGGGAAUCUCUCUGCUCUUCUUUUACUUGAUCUAUAUUAUAACAAUCUGGAGGGAAGCAUUCCUUUGGAGCUUGGGCAGCUUUCCCAGUUACAGUUUCUUCAAUUGUCUUCUAACAAUUUGUCCGGUGUGGUUCCUACACCGCUUUACAAUAUCUCAUCCAUCAUUUCCUUUGUCCUAGCUUCCAACCAAUUACGUGGAAGUCUCCCUUCAGAUUUGGGCUUCACCCUUCCAGAAUUACAAGUAUUUUAUAUGGGAGCCAACCAAUUCUCAGGGAAUUUUCCCCAGUCAUUAGUCAAUGCUUCAAGACUAGUACAAAUAAAUAUUCCUCGAAAUGCUUUUACUGGGCCUGUGCCAAUGAAUUUGGGAAGCCUUCUUUAUUUAGAGCGGCUAAUAAUUGGAAGUAAUGCACUUGGAACUAAGAAAGACGAGGGCUUGAGUUUCAUCAAUUCUUUAAUCAAUUGUACAAAUCUAGGCCAACUUCAUUUGAAUGGCAAUGGUUUUGGGGGUGUAUUGCCAAGUUCCAUUGUGAAUCUAUCAACCACGCUCACCGAGUUAAGGUUAGAUAGAAACUUUAUACAUGGAAGCAUACCACAGGGGAUUGGGAAUCUCAUCAAUUUAGAGCUUUUAUCAUUAAAUCAGAACAUGCUCACAGGCAGCAUUCCUGAGUCUAUUGGUCAACUCUCCAACUUGACAGAAUUCUACAUUUCUGAAAAUAAUAUUUCUGGAAAAAUUCCAACAUCUAUUGGCAAUAUUUCUCGAUUAAGUUCUAUUUCCACAGUAGGAAAUAUGCUAGAGGGAAGCAUACCUGUUUCGUUGGGUGAUUGCAAAAACCUACAGGGAUUAGAUCUUGGAUAUAAUCAUCUCACUGGGGCAAUACCGGUAGAAAUUCUUGAUCUUCCUUCCCUUUCGCUGGGUCUAAACUUUGCUCAUAAUCAUCUAACUGGUCCAUUACCCCCACAAGUGGGUAACUUGAAAAAUAUUGCAGAGUUGGAUAUUUCAGGAAACAAGCUGUCAGGUGAAAUCCCAAGCACUCUUGGCAAUUGUCUAGUUUUGCAACUCUUGCGUAUGGAGGGUAACCUUUUCAAAGGUACUAUUCCAUCAUCUUUUAAACAAUUGAGAGGUAUAGAAGACGUAGAUCUUUCUCACAAUAAUUUGUCUGGGGAGAUUCCAAGUUUUCUAGGUGAGUUCUCAUUCAUUCAGAAUCUCAACCUUUCAUAUAAUUCGUUCGAGGGUGAAGUUCCAUCUGAAGGGGUGUUCAUGAAUGUUACUGUGUUUUCAAUUUUGGGAAAUAACAAGCUUUGUGGAGGAAUCAAGACAUUGAAAUUGCCCGAAUGUCCUGCAAAAGUCUCACAUAAAAAAGGAAAGUUAUUUGGUCCUGGAUUGAUAAUUAUUGUGAUCAGUAUCACUCUCUCUGUUGCUUUGUUAAUUACAUGUGUUUGUGCUAUUCUUUGUCUGACCAAAAAGACAAAAGCAAGAUCCUAUUCAGACCGUCAGUUAGGAAAUUGGUAUCCAACACUCUCUUAUGCAGAACUUUUUGAAGGUACCAAUGGAUUCUCUUCUGCCAACUUAAUUGGUGAGGGGAGUUAUGGUUCCGUUUAUAAAGGAAUUCUUAAUUCUGGUGAACAAGUUGUUGCUGUAAAGGUACUCAACCUCCAACAACGUGGAGCCAACAAGAGUUUCUCGGCCGAAUGCGAAACAAUGAAGAGCAUUCGCCACCGCAAUCUCCUCAAGAUCAUCACAUCUUGCUCAAGCAUAUGUCUUAAAGGAAAUGAUUUCAAGGCUUUGGUCUUUGAGUUCAUGCCAAAUGGCAGUUUAGAGAGUUGGUUAUACCCAAAUUUCUCUGAACAACAGAAUUCAAAGUACUUGGAUCUAAUCACAAGGUUAAACAUUGCUAUUGAUGUGGCCACUGCAUUGGAUUAUCUUCACCAUCAUUGUGGGACAACAAUCAUUCAUUGUGAUCUAAAGCCAAGCAAUGUUCUUCUUGACAAUGAGCUAUGCGCCCAUGUAGGUGAUUUUGGUCAGGCAAAGUUUCUUCUACCCACCAAUGGUAAAUCUCAUCAAACACAAUCAAGUUCAUCCAUUGCAGUUAGAGGAACAAUUGGUUAUGUGGCACCAGGUAAAUCUUUUCUACUUAGUCUUAUGUAUUCCAAUACGUUCUCUCCCAUUGCUUUCUUAAAGGUGAUUUAUUUAGCUGUGGACCCUAGGCUAGUGAAAUUGGAAGAAUAUGGUAUGGGCAUGGAGGUUUCAACACAAGGUGAUGUGUACAGCUAUGGGAUUCUCUUACUGGAGAUGUUUACCGGGAAAAAGCCCACUGACAACUUAUCGAGUGAUGGAGAUUUCUGA